GCUUUUCUGAUUGUUCCCGCCUUCCAUGCCCAAACGAACCAAUCAUAUCGCCCAGAGAGUGGCGCGGUAUCGCCACUUGGAGACCACCAAGAAUGAAGUUUGCAUUUUUCCUGUGUUCUUGCGUCCAGCUUCUUCACGUCUCGCACCCCAGCCUCCCGGCAUUUGAAGACAGGACCGUCCUCUUUCUUGUCCUGGCCACCCAAAUCCUGGUAUCGAAAGGGUUGAACGGCGGCGACCGGAAGUGUGCAACAGCGGCGGGUCUCCCGCUAAUCGACGCCGGAAGUAGCAAUUGCUAGAGAAGCAUUCCGCCGGUUUCGCUAUGGCUGCAAUUCCCCCAGACUCCUGGCAGCCACCCAACGUUUACUUGGAGACCAGCAUGGGAAUUAUUGUGCUGGAGCUAUACUGGAAGCAUGCUCCAAAGACCUGUAAGAACUUUGCUGAGUUGGCUCGCCGAGGUUACUACAAUGGCACAAAAUUCCACAGAAUUAUCAAGGACUUCAUGAUUCAAGGUGGUGACCCAACAGGGACAGGUCGAGGUGGUGCAUCUAUCUAUGGCAAACAGUUUGAAGACGAACUUCAUCCAGACUUGAAAUUCACGGGGGCUGGAAUUCUCGCAAUGGCCAAUGCAGGGCCAGACACCAAUGGCAGCCAGUUCUUUGUGACCCUCGCCCCCACCCAGUGGCUCGACGGCAAACACACCAUUUUUGGCCGAGUGUGCCAGGGCAUAGGAAUGGUGAAUCGCGUGGGAAUGGUAGAAACAAACUCCCAGGACCGCCCUGUGGACGACGUGAAGAUCAUUAAGGCAUACCCUUCUGGGUAGACCUGCUACCCUCUUGAGCAGAUCUUCUGUGAUGGCCCCAGUGGACAAGCUUCCUGAUGACAUAGAAUGACAUGUAAUGCGAAAUUUCAUUUCGGCUUUGCAAAUCAUGAAGCUCAGGAAGCCUGGGGUCUUGGGUGAGUUAGAGAUGGAAGUACAUUUUAAUAGGAUGCUUCUUUUCUCUUCCCCCAGUGCCUAGGUUGACAGAGCAUUUGCACAAAUGCCCCUGUGUAUCGAUAGGUUGCUACUUACUUCAGAUGACCCAUAAUGCCUCAUCUUGUGCAUGUCUGCUCUGAUACACUUCAAACAAAAUGUAGCAGACACUGUCAUUUCUCAGUGGUUUUGCCUAACCAAACUUUUUCCUAAGGAGAUUUAUAUUCUGGCCUACACUGCAGUCCUUGAUGGCUGACAGCCAUAGAAUUCCAAACCAAGUAGUGUCGAUUAGCCCUCUUAACUCUGUGCACACCCUAUUUCAGCCUCUUACAUUUGUUCUUCUAGGGAAUGUAUGCGUCUCUAUAUAUAUUUUCCCUCAAAACAAGAACAUCAACACUGCUGUUUCUGAUACUUAGACAUCCCACGCAAAGCCACAUUGAAUUUUUGCCAAAUGAAAAACGCUUCCAACAAUCAAGUUUCUAAGGUGUCAAGCGGGGAAUAAUAAUGUGUAAUAAUCAAGACAUUAAUUUAUUAAAAGGAAGCAGAAGCAUUGACCAUCUUUUUCUCAGAGAAGAGGAGAAAUCUGUGGUGAGCAUAAGGACAGACUAUGAACCUUCCUUAAGAAGUAGUCAUCUCAGAAAGGAGAAGGGCCACUGAAGUUCUUUUAACCUAAGACUUUAGUGACAUUAAGUCCAACAUUUUUAUAUGUUCAGUUUUUUAUGUAUAAAAAUAACUUUCUGGAUUUUGUGGGGAGGAGUAGGAGAGGAAGGAAGUUAAUACCUAUGUAAUACAUGGACACUUCCAAAAUAAAAUGCCAUUGAUGGUUGAAAUCGC